GGAAAAAACGAAAAUGAGAGCGAAAGAUGCAGAGAAUUGGAAGAAAUAAAAGAGGAACAGAAAAGCAGCAUCUGCUCUCACUCUUUCUUCUAAUUGUAUUAUAAAUUCCACUCCUUUGUCUCUUUUUGUUUCCGAUCGCAUGCUCUCGGUCUCAUCCCUUUUGUCUUCUUUGUUUUUCUCAGAUCGAUCAAAACAAAACUUCUAGUAUUUCCAUUACCUUCCUCUUCAUUCCUUAGAAAUCAGAUAACAGAAUCUCUGAAAAUAUGGGUACUGGUUGGAGGAGAGCGUUUUGUACCACCAUUCCAAGAGACCCAGAAAACAGUUCUGUCUUGGAUAAGCAGCAGAGUCCCAUUAGUCCUAGUCCUAGUCCGAGUCCGAGGAGUUGUACCCGGUUGGGGUUUUUCUCCGGUGGAAGCAAUCCUGCUACUCCUCGAGUGUCCACUCCGACACUUCGUUGCCGGACUGGUACUACUGAAGAUGAAAGCCCGAGAUUGCAAUGUAGAAACGCGAAUACCCCCAAGUCCGUCAGGAGUCCGAAAACUUUAAUCGGGUCGAACCCGUCUUCUCCCCGAUCGCCACUCAAGCUCUCGCUCUUCAGAAAUAGCUUCAAGUUCAGAAGUAGUUGUGGAAUUUGCUUGAACAGCGUGAAGACAGGGCAGGGCACGGCAAUCUAUACGGCGGAAUGCUCCCACGCCUUUCACUUCCCCUGUAUCGCCGCUCAUGUUCGUAAACACGGCAAACUGGUUUGCCCCGUAUGCAACACCACCUGGAAGGACGUCCCGCUGCUCGCCGUUCACAAGAAUCGCUCCCCUGAAGACGACUCUGCUGCUUCUGUAGACGACAGAGGGAGCGCCGACAGCAACAUUAAGCAUAGAAUUGAGGAUAAGAAGAUCAUCCAAUGUUCACCACGAGCCGUGAAGCCACAAGAAUCGAAACCGAAUCCUCUGGAUGCGAGAUCCUAUGACGACGACGAGCCAUUGCUAUCUCCUACUGCUGGUACCCGCUUCAUUCCCAUUCCCGAAGCGGAUGAGAACCUCGAACAAGAAGAGGAUUACGAGGAAGAGGAAUUCCAGGGGUUCUUCGUCAAUCCGAAUUCCUCAUCCUCCAUCAAAUCUGAUGAAAUCUCGUUUAACGAACGUGAAUUGGGGGGUGUUCAGGUAAGAGUGUUGCCUGAAACUGCCGUCAUUUCAGUCGGCCGGGAGUACGAGACUUACGCGGUGGCUCUGAGAGUGAAAGCGCCACCACCACCGCCGAAAAGACCAGCUUCGAAGUGUACUAAUACGGCGUCACUCUUGGACCCAUCGCAUCGAGCCCCUAUCGAUUUGGUGACGGUGCUUGAUGUAAGCGGGAGCAUGACCGGCGCUAAACUCCAGAUGCUAAAACGCGCCAUGCGCUUGGUCAUUUCCUCGCUCGGCUCAGCAGACCGCCUUUCCAUCGUCGCCUUUUCGGCUGCUUCUAAAAGGUUGCUACCUUUGCGGAGAAUGACUGCGCAGGGCCAGCGCGUUGCCAGGCGCAUCGUUGACCGACUCAUGUGCAGUCAAGGCACCAGCGUUGGCGACGCGCUGCGGAAGGCCACCAAAGUGCUUGAAGAUCGGCGGGAACGAAAUCCGGUGGCCAGUAUCAUGCUUUUAUCCGACGGCCAAGAUGAACGAGUCCAGAAUAACGCUACAAAUCAAAGGCUUGGAUCCAGCCACGUGUCUUCAACCCGGUUCGCUCACAUUGAAAUCCCUGUACAUUCCUUCGGUUUCGGCCAAACCAGCGGCUACAGUCACGAGCCGGCCGAACACGCCUUCGCUAAAUGCGUGGGUGGGUUGCUAAGCGUGGUGGUACAAGAUUUAAGGAUUCAGCUUGGCUUCCAAUCCGGAUCCACUCCGGCCGAGAUCACCGCCGUCUAUUCCUGCAACGGACGGCCUACGGUGUUGAGUUCCGGCUCGUUGCGGCUUGGAGAUUUGUACGCCGAGGAAGAGAGGGAAUUACUCGUAGAAUUGAGAGUCCCGACAUCCCUGGUGGGGAUCCACCAUGUGAUGUCUGUUAGAUGUCUUUAUAAGGAUCCGGCGACUCAGGAAGUGGUGUACGGCAGAGAUCAGGGGGUUCUUGUCCCUCCGCCUCAUUCCGGCGGCCGAGCAACGUCUCCCAAAAUCGAACAGCUGAGGUAUUUGUUUAUCUCCACGAGAGCCAUAGCGGAGUCGAGGAGAUUGAUUGAGCACAAUGAUCUGACCAGCGCGAAUCACCUGUUGGCUUCGUCUCGAGCAUUGCUGGUUCAGUCAAACUCAAUGUUGGCUGAGGAGUACGUAAGAGCUCUGGAGGCAGAGCUAGCGGAGUUGCAAUGGAGGAGACAGCAGAUGGUGGAAGUCCAACGGAGGAGGACGAACGAGAGGGAGGCAAUGCCAGUCGUGAUGGACGAGAAUGGGGAGCCGCUUACGCCGACAUCCGCUUGGAGAGCGGCCGAGAAGCUAGCUAAGGUAGCCAUCAUGAAGAAGUCGAUGAAUCGAGUCAGCGAUUUGCACGGCUUCGAAAAUGCUAGAUUUUAGUUUUUUUUUUUUUCCCUUUAAAAAAAAAAAAAAAAAAAGAGGACGAUCCCAGAUUCAAUUGAGGAAUUGACAAGGGGAUGUUUUUUUUUGGGUUUUUCUUGUGCUUUCAAUUUUCAGUCGUAGAAAGAAAGUGCUUCCUUAUUA